AUGUCGCUGUCGGACCUGGUCUCGGGCGGUGCGGCCUGCGGGCCGUCGAACCCGCUGCAGAACAUGGGCAAGCGCUUCGGGCAGGACCGCAGCACGCAGAUGGACACCUUUGGCGGCGCAGGUCCCGCAGCGUCCCCCUCUGGCUCGUUUCGCUCGGCUCAUCCGCAGCACCAGCAGCACCAGCACCAGCAGCAGCAGCACCAGCAGCAGAAUCCGGCCUUCUUCCACGCCCCUUCGCCCCUGGCACAGUCCCAGCAGCACGAUCCGUUCGACGUGGCGCAGCUGCGUGGCAACCUGCCAUUCGCGCCGCAGCAGCAGCCAUCAGUGGCCUCGUCGUCGUCGUCGCCUUCGUCGUCGGCAGCCUUCCGGCAUCAGGCCUUCAAUGCGCCCAGGCCCGACUUUGAGGCCAGCUUCCGGGCCCCAGGCCCUCAGUCGGCCACGCCGCCGCCACCGCUUACCAGCGCCGCCACUCCGGCAUGGGCCGCCGACUUUCUCAAAAUGGGGCCGGCACCCACCGCAUCGGCCGCGACGCCGCAGCAGCAACAGCCCCAGAACCAGCAUCGACCCGGGCCCACCCACUCGCUCAUGGCGCACCAGAUGUACGGCGGGCCCAUGACCCACCACGCCUCGUCGAUGCAGCAUCCCGUCCACGUCCCGCCCGGCAUGGGCAUGGGCAUGGGGAUGGGCGCGGGCGUGGGCAUGUCGAGCUUCAACAGCGGCGCAGCCAUGCAGCAGAUGCCCGUGCACUCGCCCAUGGCCGAGUCGUCCCAGGCAGCGGCCACCACCGUCGACAGCGUCCAACAGGGCAAGUGGAACGACGCCUUCACCGCCUACGACCGCUCAAAGACGCCACCGCCGCCGCCCGACGCCGCCGCCCACAUCGAGGUGUGCCCGGCCGCUGCCGCCCAGACAGCCGCCACGCACCAGGACCACUCGGACCCCUACGAGCGCGACGAGCUGGCGCGCACCGCCGGCCGCCUGGUCUCGUCGGUCGAACACGACCAGAGCGCAAAGUUCAAGCAGAGCAACUUCCUCGACCUCAUGCGCCGCAUCCGCGACAAGCAGGCCGGCAUCCAGGGCACCGACAUCGUCGAGCAGGGCUACGUCCCAGGCGGCGAGGCCUCGGUCGACAAAGGCAAGGGCCGCGCGAGCGAGCCGCUGUCCGACCAGCGACCGCAGUCGCAGCAGGAGGCCUACCAGUGGGCCAACCAGAUGGCGUCGCAGGGUCGCGCCGGCCAGCUGCCGCCCAGCAUGCAGCGGGCCCUCGGUCAGGUCAGCGGCGCGCAGCAGCGGUCCGGCACGCAGCCAAUGAUCCCGCCGACGCUCUCGGCCGACCAGGAGAUGGCCAACCGGCAGGCGCUCAACGACCUCUGGGCCGAGGAGGACGCGCGCUCCGAGGCCAUCGAGAAGCAGGCCAUCGACGAGCAGAUGCGCGCCUUUGUCGGCGACGCGGGCAACGUGGCGGAGCGCAUGCGCGAGGAUGACGCCGAGCUCAACGAGUACGAGCGGUACCAGCGCCUCGGCGCCAACAUCCCGCACGCGCGCACCUUUGGCGCCCGCUGGGAGGAGGACCUGUCGCGCGAUGCCGCCACCACCGCCGACGACGACGACCAGGACUUUGUCGGCAAGCGCUGGGAGGGCACCAAGGGCCGCGGCGUCAAUGGGGCGCAGGCGGCCGAGUGGGACAAGCUGCAGGCCGACUGGGACGACUUUGAGGUGACGUCGGCCGGGAUGCGGCCCGUCGCAGGCGCCCAGGGACGCGCCCAGGGCCGCAACCCGUACACGCGCGAGGUCAAGAACGUCGCCCAGCAGGCGCCGCCGCUGUCGGCGCAGACGGCGCCCGACUACCGCUUCCUGUCGUCGAACCCGUACCUGCAGUCGACGCGCCACCACGCCGCCCACACGGCCCAGUCGAUGCCGGCGAGCCUCGAGUCGGUGCUGGAGCGCGAGGCGGCCGUGGCGGCGGACCCGACCAACGCCGCGCUGUGGUUCGACCUCGGCGUCAAGCAGCAGGAAAACGAGCGCGAGGCGCAGGCGAUCGCCGCCCUGCAGAAGGCCAUUGCGCUCGACCCUUCGAUGAAGGACGCCUGGCUGGCGCUGGCGGUGAGCUACACCAACGAAAACGACCGCUCGGCGGCGUACGAGGCCAUCGAGCGCUGGAUCGACACCAACGAGCGGUACCGCGAGGUCGUCGGCGCGCACCGUGCGUCGCUGGCGGCGUCGGCGCAGGCCAAGGAGCAGGCCCAGUCGCGCGUGCGCAGCGACUCGGCGUCGUCGCACGCGUCGACGGCGAGCCUGUUUGAGCGGCACGCCGAGCUGACGUCGCUGCUGAUCGCCAUGGCGCGCUCGUCGCCCGAGGCCAUCGACGCCGACGUCCAGGUGGCGCUGGGCGUGCUGUUCAACUCGUCCGAGGACUAUGCCAAGGCCGUCGACUGCUUCUCGUCGGCGCUCCAGGUGCGGCCCGACGACUGGCUGCUCUACAACCGCCUCGGCGCCACGCUGAGCAACUCGGGCCGCAGCGACGAGGCCAUCGGCUACUACCACCACGCGCUGCAGCUGCAGCCCGAGUUUGUGCGCUGCCACUUUAACCUCAGCAUCAGCUGUCUCAAUCUGAAGAUGUACCAGGACGCGGCGACGCACAUUUACACGGCGCUGACGCUGCAGCAGGCCGAGACCGAGACACUCGACUCGGUGGGGCGGUCGCGCUCGCCGUCGCCGUCGACGUCUUCGGCGGUCAAGUCUGGGCCGACGUCGGGCAGCCUGUGGGAGACGUUCCGCGUGUCGCUCGAGCUGCUCAACCGCUCCGACCUGGCGGCGCGGUGCGCCGAGCGCGACAUCAACCUGUUUGACAUUGCCGAUCUCACGCCGCCCCUCGUUGGCGGCGGCGGUGGCGGGGGCGACGGAGGAUACGGUGGACCCGGUGCGGGCAGUGGCUUCACUGGCGGCUUUGGCGAGGGCCUCGACUACUCGAGCUAG